AUGAUAGAACAAAAGGAGGACUCAACAGAUUGUUUGUUUGAAAUAGAAGCCUUCAGAAUGUUCCAACUUUUCAAAAGAAAUGUGGACAAAGAAACUGGGACAAAUAUUUUAGGUUUGAGAAUUGAUAGAGGUCGAGAGUUCACAUCUACUGAGUUUAUUGAGUUGUGCUCAAAUCAUGGAAUACAUCGACAAUUCACUAAAACCUGCAGACCACAGCAAAACGAAGUGGCAGAAAGAGAAAACCACUCGGAUGAGGAGGUUUAUGUGGCACAACCUUCUGCUUAUGUGAUCAAGGGAGAUUUGGAGGAUAGAAAAAAUAACGACGACAAUAAUGGAAGUGAUGCUGCGUCUGUGAUUACGAGUUCGACUAGUGCUUGGUGUGAGACAAUGUAUAAGCUAAUUAGUUUGACGGCGCCGCCGAAUCAAAAGCCUCUGUUUCAUCUUCUUCUUCUUCGUUAUGUCAUCCUAUGUGGCUUCUCCGUCUUCCAAUUCUUGAAAAUAGUCUGUAAUCGAGGUUGCGACGACCAUUUCUAUGGGGAAAUUGGAGGUUGUGGUGAGAUUCUUGCACCGAUUUUCGGCAAUGAACAUUCGGCAGCAACUCAGUCGCUUUACUAUGUUUCUGGUUGCUUUAAGCUUGCUUUCAUGGCUACGAGUCUCGCAAUUCUUGAGGCUAUAAAGGAAGAUGAUCGAAAACUACACGGUGUGGAUUUUAAUAUCAGGAAGGGAGACAAUGGUGGAGAUGAGAGGUUAAAAAAGGUCGGCGAGUCACAGAGUCAGCUGGCAAAAGAAUAUGAUGUUGGGUUCAAAUUCAACAUGGUGAAAAUGGAACUAGCGGAGAUGAUGUGCGAGUCACUCGGGUGCGAUGGAGAUGAGUCACUAGUAGUGAAUUUUGCUUUUAAGUUGUAUCAGAUGCUCGACUAG